AUGUUCGAUGCACUCACGAAAGUCAUUACUGAUGCCUUUUCAGGUUGGAGCGAAAAUACCACUAAUUCAACUGACACCCCGGUCGACGUCGAUGCCUAUACCGACGACAUGGCAACUAGGAGUACCAAAUAUAAAUAUACUUUACAUCCUCAAAUGAACUGGCACACAGGUGGUAGAUACUUUGAAUACUCGUGUAAGAUCAGGAGCAAUUCAUCAGUAAACGCAAGAGCAGGUGUUGGGGGUGAGGAAGAGGAGAUGAUCCGACAAGCGCUUCAAAGGCAAGUGGAUAAGACCGUAUUCACCCUCAAUAGCAAUGCGGAUUACACUAGCUAUCCGUCGAAUGCAGGAGCCGUGAUUAGCAGUACGCAACUAUUCGCUUAUUCGGCAAAAAAGUUUGAAGAGAAUACUGUUAAUAAGGGUUUGGUCGAUGUUGAAACUUUUCAAACUGAAUUAGGAGAUGAUUUGAAAGAUUAA